UGAGACAAAAAUUAUUUGUGGUUAAAGAUAUGUCUUACAUAUUGUAUAAAAUAUGGAAUAGCACAAACUUUCAGGACAGAUCAAAAAACAGUCGAAGGAAAGGAAUGUGCAGAUGCAGCGUUCGAAUUCCCAAGGCUUAAUUGUAAGAAGAAAAAAAGAGCAGGUCAUGGCGUCGCCACCAUCUUCUUAUCGCAGAGCAGCACUAGCUUUUCUCAUACAUAUUACACAGGAGCUUCGAAGUCGUCCGCUUACAAAAUACACAGCUUUAUGCUUUUUCGGAGACCGUUUCCUAAGAGCUUUACCUGCCCGCGGCCGGGCUUGGGAAAAUGAUCGAGAAAUUCGUUGGAUCGAACCUUGCAAAGAAAGCAACCUGCAACUAUUUGCCCUGAUUUCUGUUUGGAUUGCAAGCAAGAUUCAUGAAACGAGACCAAUAUACGUAGGCAGUCUCAAAUCAAUAUCCGACGAACUCAUCACAGAGCAGCAUUUCACCAUUAGAGACUUUAUCGAAGCUGAACUUGUGUUUAUGAAGACGAUACACUUUAAUCUAAGAACUGGCAAUAUAAUCUUCAUGUGCCUCGAGGAUUUACUUAUACAGUUCAGGAAUACAGCGGUCUCCGCGAAAGAUCUCAAGUCCAGUGUAUGCUUAGAUGUUCUGGAUAUAAUGUACGAAUCGGAAGAUCUUUGUUCUACGUUUCUGUCAACUGACAUUGUUGCUGCGGCCGCAAUUCUGGUAGUGGCAUACAUUCUGACGGUUCCCAGAGGACGAUCGGAGUUUCCUAUGAUUCCAUGGCUGAAAAUCGUUUGCAGGUGUGAAGAAGAAGAUAUAGAAACCUUGUGCGAGAGGAUUUUGAUGAGUAUUUUGCAAACCCCAACAUAAUAAUAAGGAUGUACAUAUCUAUCAUGUCCAUAUACAUAUUAUCCUUACAUGUUAUUUGGUGACAAGCAAAAGUUGUUAUAUGGCAGGUUUUGUUUUGUUCUAUUUCAUUAAAAAACAGCAGUCUAGAGUUAAUAUUAACAUGAGAGUAAAUUUGCCUGUGAACCAUGCCAGACAUUGUUCAAAUACGUGUGAAAUAUCAGAUACAUCCUAAAACUCAGAACUUUUAGGUUUGUUACAAAUCUGUGUAUAUCAGUAGCGCGUAAAGCUUCACCUAAGAAAUGAGUGCCAUCAAAAGGCCUGAUCAUCCUAAAAAUACGAAAGUUAAGCGAAAAUUAAAUAAAUGCUCGGUUUGUA